AUGGCUCAAGCGGCCAAACAGCUCAAGAAGAUCAAAGACAUCGAGGCGCAGGCCCUGCAGGAGCAGAAGGAGAAAGAGGAAUCAAGCAGGAAGCGCAGGAACCGCUCCCGCGACCGAAAGAAGAAGGCCGACGCUGCCACCAGCUUUCUGAGAGCAGCCAGAUCGGGUAACUUGGACAAGGCCUUGGACCACCUGCGGAAUGGGGUAGACGUGAACACCUGUAACCAGAACGGGCUCAACGGCUUGCAUCUGGCUUCCAAAGAAGGCCACGUGAAAAUGGUGGUUGAACUGCUGCACAAAGAGAUCAUUCUAGAAACGACGACCAAGAAAGGGAACACGGCCCUGCACAUCGCUGCCCUGGCGGGUCAGGACGAGGUGGUCCGCGAACUGGUCAACUAUGGCGCCAACGUCAACGCCCAGUCACAGAAAGGCUUCACACCCCUCUACAUGGCCGCUCAGGAGAACCAUCUGGAAGUGGUGAAGUUUUUAUUGGAAAAUGGAGCCAACCAGAAUGUGGCCACAGAAGACGGCUUCACCCCCCUGGCCGUGGCGCUGCAGCAGGGCCACGAGAACGUGGUGGCCCACCUCAUCAACUACGGCACCAAGGGCAAGGUGCGCCUGCCCGCCCUGCACAUCGCCGCCCGCAACGACGACACCCGCACGGCCGCCGUGCUCCUGCAGAACGACCCCAACCCCGACGUGCUCUCCAAGACGGGCUUCACCCCCCUCCACAUCGCAGCCCACUACGAGAACCUCAACGUGGCCCAGUUACUCCUCAGCAGGGGGGCCAGCGUCAACUUCACUCCCCAGAACGGCAUCACGCCACUGCACAUCGCCUCCCGCAGGGGGAACGUUAUCAUGGUGCGGCUCCUGCUGGACCGCGGAGCCCAGAUAGAAACCAGGACCAAGGAUGAAUUGACACCUCUCCACUGUGCAGCUCGCAACGGGCACGUGCGUAUCUCAGAGAUCCUGCUGGACCACGGGGCGCCCAUCCAAGCCAAAACCAAGAACGGCUUGUCCCCGAUUCACAUGGCGGCUCAGGGAGACCACCUCGACUGUGUCCGACUCUUAUUGCAAUACAACGCAGAGAUCGAUGACAUCACCCUGGACCACCUGACCCCACUGCACGUGGCAGCCCACUGCGGCCACCACCGCGUGGCCAAGGUCCUUUUGGAUAAAGGUGCCAAACCCAACUCCAGAGCCCUGAAUGGCUUUACCCCCUUACACAUCGCCUGCAAGAAGAGCCACAUCCGCGUCAUGGAGCUGCUGCUGAAGACGGGCGCCUCCAUCGACGCCGUCACCGAGUCUGGCCUCACGCCUCUCCACGUGGCCUCCUUCAUGGGCCACCUGCCCAUCGUGAAGACUCUCCUGCAGCGGGGGGCGUCGCCCAACGUCUCCAACGUGAAAGUGGAGACCCCACUACACAUGGCAGCCAGAGCAGGACACACAGAAGUAGCCAAAUAUUUGCUCCAGAACAAAGCCAAAGUCAACGCCAAGGCCAAGGAUGACCAGACCCCGCUCCACUGUGCAGCUCGCAUCGGCCACACAAGCAUGGUGAAGCUCCUGCUGGAGCACAACGCCAGCCCCAACCUGGCCACCACUGCCGGCCACACCCCUUUGCACAUUGCAGCCCGGGAGGGCCACGUGGAGACAGCCGUGGCCCUGCUGGAGAAGGAGGCCUCACAGGCCUGCAUGACCAAGAAAGGAUUUACCCCCCUGCACGUCGCGGCCAAGUACGGGAAGGUUCGGGUGGCAGAGCUGCUGUUGGAGCGGGACGCGCAUCCCAACGCGGCCGGAAAAAACGGCCUGACUCCCCUGCACGUGGCUGUCCAUCACAACAACCUGGACAUCGUCAAGCUGCUGCUGCCCCGGGGCGGCUCCCCGCACAGCCCCGCCUGGAACGGCUACACCCCUGUGCACAUGGCCGCCAAGCAGAACCAGAUGGAGGUGGCCCGCAGCCUGCUACAGUACGGGGGCUCGGCGAACGCCGAGUCUGUGCAAGGCGUGACCCCCCUGCACCUGGCCGCCCAGGAGGGCCACACAGACAUGGUGGCCCUGCUCCUGUCCAAGCAAGCCAACGGCAACCUGGGCAACAAGAGUGGACUCACACCCCUCCAUCUGGUGGCACAGGAAGGCCACGUGCCGGUGGCAGACGUGCUGAUCAAACACGGUGUCCUGGUCGACGCCACCACCCGGAUGGGGUACACCCCUCUCCACGUGGCCAGUCACUACGGAAACAUCAAGCUGGUGAAAUUCCUGCUGCAGCACCAGGCAGAUGUCAACGCCAAGACCAAGCUGGGAUACAGCCCCUUGCACCAGGCGGCCCAGCAAGGACACACAGACAUCGUGACUCUGCUGCUAAAGCAUGGAGCUUCCCCCAACGAGGUCAGCUCGAACGGAACCACUCCUCUGGCGAUAGCCAAGCGCCUGGGCUACAUCUCCGUGACAGACGUGCUGAAGGUGGUUACGGACGAGACGAGCGUGGUGCUGGUUGGUGACAAGCAUCGGAUGAGUUUCCCGGAGACGGUGGAUGAGGUCCUGGACGUGUCUGAAGAUGAAGGCACUGCUCACAUAUCUAUAAUGGGGGAAGAGCUUGGGGGCUCCAAGGCCGAGAAGCCGGAUGCCAGGGAGUUGGAUGAGGAGAAGGAGCUGCUGGACUUCGUGCCAAAGCUCGACCAAGUGGUGGAGUCUCCAGCCAUCCCCAGGAUCCCGUGUGUCACGCCGGAGACCGUGGUGAUCCGUUCGGAGGAGCCAGAGCAGGCCUCUAAAGAGUAUGAUGAAGACUCACUCAUCCCCAGCAGCCCAGCCACAGAGACCUCAGACAACAUCAGCCCCGUGGCCAGUCCGGUCCACACAGGGUUCCUGGUGAGCUUCAUGGUGGACGCCCGGGGGGGCUCGAUGAGGGGCAGUCGCCACAACGGACUCAGAGUGGUUAUCCCGCCGCGCACGUGCGCCGCCCCCACGCGCAUCACCUGCCGCCUGGUGAAGCCCCAGAAGCUGAGCACGCCGCCGCCGCUGGCCGAGGAGGAGGGCCUGGCCAGCAGGAUCAUCGCCCUGGGGCCCACAGGGGCCCAGUUCUUGAGCCCUGUGAUCGUGGAGAUCCCCCACUUCGCCUCGCACGGCCGCGGGGACCGGGAGCUCGUGGUUCUGAGGAGCGAGAACGGCUCAGUGUGGAAGGAGCACAAGAGCCGCUACGGAGAGAGCUACCUGGACCAGAUCCUCAGUGGCGUGGACGAAGAGCUGGGCAGCCUGGAGGAGCUGGAGAAGAAGCGCGUGUGCCGCAUCAUCACCACCGACUUCCCGCUGUACUUCGUGAUCAUGUCGCGGCUGUGCCAGGACUACGACACCAUCGGCCCCGAGGGCGGGGCCCUCCAGAGCAGGCUGGUGCCCCUGGUGCAGGCCACCUUCCCGGAGAACGCCGUCACCAAGAGGGUGAAGCUGGCUCUGCAGGCCCAGCCCGUCCCCGAUGAACUGGUCACCAAACUCCUGGGCAACCAGGCCACCUUCAGCCCCAUUGUCACCGUGGAGCCCAGGCGCCGGAAGUUCCACCGCCCCAUCGGGCUGCGGAUCCCGCUGCCACCUUCCUGGACGGACAACCCCAGGGACAGCGGAGAGGGAGACACCACCAGCCUGCGCCUGCUCUGCAGCGUCAUCGGAGGAACGGACCAAGCCCAGUGGGAAGAUAUAACAGGAACAACCAAGCUCGUAUAUGCCAACGAGUGUGCCAACUUCACCACCAACGUGUCGGCCAGGUUCUGGCUGUCGGACUGUCCUCGGACGGCCGAGGCCGUGAACUUCGCCACCAUGCUGUACAAGGAGCUCACCGCCGUGCCCUACAUGGCCAAGUUCGUCAUCUUCGCCAAGAUGAACGAGCCGCGGGAAGGGCGGCUGCGCUGCUACUGCAUGACGGACGACAAGGUGGACAAGACCCUCGAGCAGCACGAGAACUUCGUGGAGGUGGCCCGGAGCAGGGACAUAGAGGUCUUGGAGGGGACGCCCCUGUUCGCAGAGCUCUCUGGGAACCUGGUGCCCGUCAAAAAGGCCGCACAGCAGCGCAGCUUCCUCUUCCAGUCCUUCCGCGAGAACCGGCUGGCCAUCCCCGUGAAGGUGCGCGACAGCAGUCGGGAGCCGGGAGGGUCCCUGUUGUUCCUGCGCAAGGCCAUGAAGUACGAGGACGCCCAGCACAUCCUCUGCCACCUCAACAUCACCAUGCCCCCCUGCACCAAGGGGGGCGGAGGUGAGGACAGGAGGAGGACCUUGACCCCGCUGGCCCUGAGAUACAGCAUCCUCAGUGAGACUCCAGGCUUUCUCAGUGGCACAGAGCGAGCAGACAUGAAGAUGGCUGUUAUUUCCGAGCACCUGGGCCUCAGCUGGGCAGAGUUGGCUCGGGAGCUGCAGUUCAGCGUGGAAGACAUCAACAGGAUCCGCGUGGAGAACCCCAACUCCCUGCUGGAGCAGAGCGCGGCCUUGCUGAACCUCUGGGCCUUCCGUGAAGGCAAAGACGCAAAAAUGGAGAACCUGUACGCCGCCCUGCGCAGCAUCGACCGCGGCGAGAUCCUGAACCUGCUGGAAGGUUCCGGCAGACAGAGCCGCCACCUGAAGCCGGACCGGCGGCACGCAGACCGGGACUACUCGGUGUCGCCCUCGCAGAUGAAUGGUUACUCUUCGCUGCAGGAUGAGCUGCUGUCCCCCGCCUCCCUGCACUUCGCUCUCCCCUCUCCGCUGCGUGCAGACCAGUACUGGAGCGAGGUGGCCGUCCCAGACGCCAUCCCCUUGGCGGCCACGGAGCAUGACGCCAUACUGGAGAUGUCUGACAUGCAGGUGUGGUCGGCGGACCUCACGCCCUCCCUGGUCACUGCUGAGGACUCCUCUCUGGAGUACAGCAAGGCCGAGGACUCUGACGCCACCGGCCACGAGUGGAAGUUGGAGGGGGUGCUCUCGGAGGAGCCGCGGGGCCCCGAGCUGGGCUCCCUGGACCUCGUGGAGGACGACACGGUGGACUCAGACGCCACCAAUGGCCUUAUCGAUUUGCUUGACCAGGAGGAAGGUCAGAGGUCAGACGAGAAGCCGCCAGGCUCCCAGAGGCAGGACUCAGAGAGUGAAGUGUCUCUUGUUUCAGGCCAGCAGAGGAGGGCGCAAGCUCGAGUCACAGACUCACCCUCCGUGAGUCAGGUGCUGGAGAGGAGCCAGGACAGACUGCAAGACUGGGACAGGGAAGGCUCCAUCAGCUCCUACCUGCAAGAAGCUGCACAGAUGUCCUGGCCAGAGGAGCUCCCGCCCGGCCUGCAUGCGUCCCCCAGGACGACGUCCACCUCCACGGGCGUGGAAGAUGAGAAGGCGCCAGUAUCUGUGAGCGAGGCCCCGGCCGACAGGGAGCGCAGCAGGCACGGCCACAGAGAGUGGGCGCCAGGGGCCGAGGGCACCUUCUCCCAGCAGGCACAGGGGAGUGAGCUUCAGAAUAUUCCAGGGGAGCAGGUGACAGAGGAACAAUUCACAGAUGCCCAGGGCAACAUUGUCACCAAGAAGAUCAUUCGCAAAGUUGUUCGGCAGAUCGACUCGACCGAGGCCGGGGACCCCCAGGAGCACGAGGAGGAUCUCACGUCGACACCCAACCCCUGAACUCCACACACCCUGCCCUGCACACCGGGAGGAGCGCCGGAGCGGACCGCGACCCGUGACCGUGCCCCGUGCCGAGGGCCUCCGUCGGCGUCAGGGCGAGGGCGAGGGCGGCGAGGCUGGGCGACGGGGGCGGGCGCGCAGCACACGCGGACACACAAGGGCUCCUUCGCGGCCGCCGAGGGCCCCGGGCGUUUCCAUCUUGACUUCGUACAGGGUACUUUCUUUUCCAGCUUCCUCCGCGAGAAAUCCACCACGGCUUCCCGGAAGGGUGCAAGGGCGAGGGCGCGGGGACGGCAGCCGAGAGCUAGGCCCGGAGCCCGCCGAGCCCCUGGGCCCCGCGUCCCCACGCGCCCCGGACGGCGGCGGGCCCCGGAGCGCGUGCGCAGACGUAGGCACGCACACGCACGCGCAUGCGCACGCCACACUCGCACAGCGACGCACGCCUCCUUCCGCCCGGAACUCACGCCGGCGUUGCUGUGACGGCGAAGCCGCGUGGAAGUUCCUGCGUGUGGGUCGCCGGGGAAGUUUUACCUGUCUCUCCCCCUCUGUCUCCCCUUCACCUCCUCUCUGUCUGCCAGUUUCAGUAGCAAUCAUCUUCCGACGGGAAGCCCUUGCCCUCGAGGCUGUGUUCAGGGUCCCUCGCGGUGGGGCCUUCCGGGGUGGCGGGCAGGGACCCCGCUCCCCACCCCAGGGGGGGGCGUCUCUCUCCUCCGAGCCGGGGCAGGGCCGGGGUCGCACCAGCAUGCCCGCCAGGGAAGAGGCGAUUCUGACUCUCGCAGCGCGGAUGGCGUCGCCCGCGUCCCGGGCGUGCCGGGCCACAGCCCUCGGCCGUGCGCGCACCGAACUCAAUCACUACUAUGCAAAGCGGGCGGCCCCGCGUCCGCGGCGGCGGGCGGCGGGGCGGGGCGGGGCGCGGGCG